UAUAUGUAUUCAGACAGACUAUAUAAGAGCAUCAUUUUCUGCUGAGACCAUCAUAUACAAACUUUUGGAAAAAUAAUUUGAUACGAAUAUAGUCUUACUUUUAAUAACUUUAUCGUGUGUGCAAAGUAAAAACUUCCACAGACAAUAAAUUUUUUUUACAUUGAAAAUUACCAAUUGCAUAAAAAUGAAGAUUCAAUCAGUUAUAUUGUUUGGGAUUUUGGGAGUGAUUGGCUUUUUCUCAUACUCAGAAGCAUACGCAGAUAGACACAGCAACGUAGAAUCACAAUUAAAAGCUAUGAAUAGGCCUACAAUGGACUGUUAUCUUGGUAGACGCACUUGCAAUUAUGAAGAUUAUUAUGCAAAACAACACCUUGCAGACAAGUUUAGUCACAAUUGUUCUAAAUGUGAUGGUAAUAUGAGACAGAAACUAGCUAAUCAAAUACCUAUGCUUAACUAUCUUUUCCCUGAAGACUUUCAAUUACUAGUAAAUAUAUAUUCAGCUCCAUCAGUUUUGGAAUGUCUUCUAAACAAUGGACCUUGUAAUCCAAAAUUAAAGGCUUUCAAAACUAUAUUGCCGUAUUAUUUAAAAAAUAGUGAAUGCCCCGGUUGUUCCGAUGAUUUCAAAGAGAAAAUGGUCAAACGAAUUAAUUUUCUCAUAAAAUAUCGUCCAAGGGAAUGGAGAAGAAUUGUUGAAAAAUACCGUAGGCAGUAAUUAUCUACAUUAUCCUUCAAAUAUUUCCAAGAUCUUCGUUUAAAUAAUUAUAUUGAUGAUCAAGGUACGGAGUUUGUGCUCAACAAUAAGAAUAAAAGAAAGGAAUUCGCGCUAAUUCCCCGGUAUCAAAAUGACAAUCGCGAGCAAAUUUACGUGAAUUAAAUUAAAAGAUUAUUUUCUUUUAUUUUUAUUGUUGAGAACAAACUUCCGUACUCUGUUGAUGAUAAAAAAAUAUUGCUUAAUUUACAACAAUGUUAUAACAAUAAAAAAUAAUAAAUAAAUAAAUUUGAAUAAGAAAAGAUUUUAAAAUUCCUUAAUGUAUUUUUAAGUUUUAUUCGUUAUUAUUUGUUAAGUUUAUUCUAAUGAUAUCCUAUAGGAUGUAGUCUUAAGACCGUAAAAUACAUUAUUUAAAAUUAUUUAUCAUCCAUUAUAAUAUAUCUAAUCUUUCGUUAGCUCUAUUGACUUAUACGCUUUUAAAAUAAAUUCUUUUAGUUUUUAAUUUAGUAUCGUCAGAUAAUAGCAAAGUUCAACGUUUUAUUUUGACGUCCUCGUCUAUCACAUUUAUUCUAUCGUUCUGUCUAUAAGUAUUUGACCAAGGAAAUGUAUUAUAAAUAUAUAUUAUUUAUUUUUAUUAUCGUAUAAUUGUAAAUGAAAAAAAAACAAAAUAAAUUCUUAAUUAUCAAUUAAGAUAACUAAAAUUGUCAUUAUAAAUAUUUCAAAUGAAAUAUUUUAAUUUCAUUAAAAACUUAUUUCUAGAAAUAUCCAUUUUCUUAUUUCACAACUUUAUUUUAAAAUUUUUGGGGAUAAUUCUUGAACCCUAUUCGAUUGUAAACCUAUCGACGUCAUGUCAAGGGCGGGGCAAUAGAAUAUAUAAAGACCUGAAAAUCAUGAAUUGAAUACAGUUUAUAACAAUUUUUUGACCAGCAAUUACGAAUAAAUAUACAAAUUUAUCAAUUCUUACUGUAAUUAAAAUUUAUUCACUAAAUCGUAUCAAUAUGGAAGCUUGUAAAAUUAUUUUCUUGUGUGCUCUGGGAGCUGUCGCUUUGAUUUCAACUUCUUCAGCACAAUAUCAACUUACUCAGGA